CAAGUAACUUUGAAAAGAUUUCCGUUUUCAAAUGUUUUAAUAAAUUGGUGAACAUUCCACAUCUUACUCUACAAAUUCCUGUUCAACUUGAAAAGAGACUGUAAUUGUAGUGUUGGGUGAAUCUAAUUCCUGACUCUCUCUAAUUGACUCUGAAUCUCUAUUCUGAAGAUUCAUAAAGCCUCAUUGACCGUCCCCAUUUAAUUUAAGUUUGUUGGCAAAAAAUCAUUCAGGAUUCAUGAAUCUUUGAGGAUUCAUUAGAAUUUUGAAAAUUGAUUACUAUGAUUCACUGUUGAUUCAUAUGAAUGAUUCUUUUCAAAAGAUUCAAUAAGGACAACAUUAAUUGUAUUGUAUGGAAACGAAUCCUCUACAGAGUUUUGUAACGAACGGACUUUAAUUCGCAAAAGUGUGCAGAAGUAUGAUAUGCUAUUAUUCCAUCAUGUGGAGAUACAACAUAUUCCAGAUCAACUUGAGAAGAAUCCACAAAUUACCUAAUUUUUUGAAAAAAAAGAAAAAAAUGUCAAACAAAACAAACUAAUAGUGGAGAAAGACUCAUCGAGUACCUGACGUACAUUACUAGGCGAUCGAUUUCUAACUUUUCAUGUAAUUUUUUAAAUGUAUCUCUCUAUCGAUUUGUAGAUUUAAACAUUUUAUCUGAUAUUUCAAAGAUCUUGACAUUCAUAGUAUGUUUUUAUAGAUUUUUUUCCUUAAAUAAAUUAAAAAUAAAUUCCUUUCCCUUCCCUCAUUUUUAAUUACUUCACUUUAUUUGUUCCCAUUUUGCACCGUAACCUUUACGUAAGAUUCACGCAGGGAAAAUGGUUCAUUCCGUUUCCUUAAACAAACUCUAUUGCUUACCUGCAUCUGCAUAAACAUAUCCUUGGAACGUAAUAACGGAAACCGGCUUCGGGUUCCGUUUAUAUUUUUGCUUAUGGACAUUAACCGUUUGCCGGUUUAUGGGUAUCCCUUUGUCCCUUUUUAAGGGUUGUUUGUAGGGAAUGUUAUUUUUAAAUUAAAAAUCAAUUUCAGCUCAAUUUCUUUGACCUCCGGCAGAGUAGGAACUGGUCCGUUUUUCCUAUAUAUUGCUAACCUUUACCUUUAGGCACAUUGUAAAUUAUCUGUUUAUAAUUAUUGCCGCUGCAAGAGUUGCGAAGCAAUUAAAACUGGUUUCAAUUUUAAAAACCGAAAAAAAAAAUCAUAAUUAUUUUAACAUUUACUUGCAUUGCUUUCCAUUCCGUGUGCUAGUCAUUUCAAUGCAAUAAAUCUUGAAACAAUAACAAAACUCUAUUACCUUAACGAUAUGAUCAGUACAGAAAGAAGGCCAACCAUACACUUAAAGCUCUUAUUUAUUUGACUCAUUUAUCGCCAUAAUACGCUUCCCAGAGCCCCAUUGAUGGAUGCUAGAUGAUCUCUUACUGUUGCUUUUUUUUUCUUUAGUUGCCGUUGUUUUGGUUCAUCCAAACAAGCCCCGUCGAACCCUGUACGAUCGGACACCAAUCAAUCAUAUUCUGCUGGACGGAGCUAUGUUCCCAUAAAAAAGUUGAUUACAAAAACCAAUAACUCAGCGAUACGCUACGAUCGCGAAGGGGUUUGCCCGGUCACGCUUGAUCAGAUCUUUUGCUCACUGUCGUUCGUUUACGUUCUCGGCCGUUCAUGGUCGGCGUUAUGCUCAGGUUGGUUCCGAUCUCGCUAGCGCAUCUCGAGCAGAUAAUUACAAAGUGUAUCACAUCUUCAUCGGUUUUUGUUGUUGCGCGCAACAAAGCUGCAUGUUAAAUGAACACAAACGAAACGGACACCCGUACCGAAAUGGUUCUACCGUACCCCGGAGCCACGUUGGUAAGCAUGACCUGGUACGAAAUCGUACCAUAACUUGACCGGCGGAAGGCAACCAAACCAAAAAAAAAACAACCAUGAAAAUAAAGAUCUCAGUUCGGGGUUCUCCGUUCGAUAGCGUCGUUUGUUCUCAGUCUCACUUUGUAUCGACCAUUUGCUAUGCAGACCAGCGAUUCAUCCGAUCUGGAGGCGCCCCAGUCCCGGGCGGCAGUGAUAAUUGGUUCGUAACGGUCAUCAGAUAUUUUUGAUGUUUUAAUUAACGGAAAAAUCUUGCUCUCUCUCCCUCGACUCAAAACUCUCGGCAAACCAUGGCGAGGCUUCUGGUGAUCCCUUCACAAUUUGUUAGCUUAGUGUGGGCAUCGUUUCGGGUUUGGUCAGAGCAAUCGAGUGUUCAGAACUUCCUACUUACCACCCUGGCUUGGGUAAAGCGAACCAUCCGACAUACGAUGAACGUUUGCACCGUAGCGAAUGAGCCCUACCGUGAGGGCCGUGUCUGGUGCUGGAAGCUUCAUCAAAACCAGCAGUGGCAAGGCAGUUCGAUUGAGCGCUGUUGGGUUGUGCCCGUUUAUGGCCAUCGCUCAUCGACAGGCCAGCCAAAGCCGAAUCCACUUAAUCUUAAUAAUUAAGAGGAAACACAAAGCUUCGGGAACUGUGUGGAUCUAUUUGAAGGUUCGAUUUAGAAGUUGCCCCACCGUAAACUGCACAGACACCGGCACAGAUUAAGCUUUCUGGAGAAGGAAUUUUUGUUAUGGAGCACAAAACGGGUGCCACGGAUUCGAGUGGUUCUUAAAAGUGAUCAAUGAUUUAUGGAAAUUUUCAUAGUUGCUUUAAAAGCUUAAUUGAAUAAAUAUUUUAUCACCGAUUGGUUGGUGAAGCGUGAACUUUCCUACUUCUGCUGGGCGGUUACGGUUACCGUACGAGUGCAUCCUCACUGUUUGUGGAUGCAAAUUGGUGCAGCAGCUUGAAAGGGCAGCGGCAACUUUGGGGCGCAUAAUUAGUACCCAAAAUCGUAUGCGAAAGUAUGCCAGAGUGUGAGCAGGAAAUUAACUAACAGCGAGCUUAAUUAUGAUACGAAUGAUUUAUUCACUGUUCAUAUUGUUUACCGAGGGACUGGGCAGGUUCGUUUUAAUGUGGAGAAUUGUGGAGUUGUCGAGAGAACCUCUUUUUUUUCGAAGUAUGAGAGCAUAUGUUUUCGUUAAAGUGAGGAGGUCUGAAAACAUAAUCAUCAAGUGUGAAGUUUUAAGUAUAAUUAAAAGCUUUUGUCAUUAAAAGUUGCAUCCUCAGUAUGUAAGAUAAAUUUAAUUUAAUUCAUGAUAUUCUCUUCAGACUUAUAUUUAGUAGUUGUAGUUGAAUUUCUGCAAAUUCUACAAUUAAUAAAGGACAUUUUCCAAUAUAUAAUACCUGCAACCAGUGCAACAACAUUACCAAGAACUCCCGCUCAAUUUUCUUGUCCUUUCCAGAAUCACAGUCAAACUAUGAAACAAAUAUGCAAACACAGGAUCGUCAUUUCAACGCUCACUUCCAAUGAAAUUGCAUUUAGAGGCACAUUGCAUCAGGAACAGUAGUGCAUGAAUGGCAGUGAAUGUUUGAUGAAUGAAUCCUUCCGAUCAAUUCCAAUAGAUCCCGCUGCCAAUACUGUGAUUAUUUAGCAUCGAACGUACGCAUCAUAUUUACCCAAAAUCCUCCCUUCCUUUAACCCCCCUUCAUCCCAUUUUCCAUCCCCGAGAAAAGGUCAACCCGGGUGGACAUCGGAUUGGAUUCAAUUUCAAUGGCACACAUUCGAUCGGAUGCCAUUGCGAGCAGAUGCGUUUGCCUAGCGCCUAUAAUGGUCCGGUAAUUAUGUUAAAAGGAUAAUUCGCUUAUGGAAAUUAGAAAUUAAUUAACACAUCUCACGGAGAUCGGACGACGCAAAACCUGGUGCAAGGCAUACCGCCAAAACAUGUCCACGGGGCCACUUUCGCACCCAGCAGCGCGCGUUCGUCCAUGUUUCAGAUUGGUGCUCCGCAUAAUGGCGCUAUUUAUCCGAUCGAUUUGCAGACUAAUUCGCUAUAUGACGAAAGAUUACCGCCACCGGAAGUCAAUCAACGGGCGUCGGGAAAAGCCAAUUCCGGCCCGUGCUACAUUAUUGAUGUGUACGGACAGGUUUCGUUUGUCUUUGCAAGCCUUCGGAUACGGAUGAAAGCGGCGAAACUAUGGAACGAUGUGGCUAAAUGGAACGGCACAGCGGGUAUCGGUCAAUAUUUGCCUACCGGUGCACCUUAAAGAUGGCAAACAUUGGACGGGUAGAGAGGUAAGGCUUCUCAAGCAUUCGCUGUUUUGUGUCCUUCCUAUUAGCGGCGUUCUGGUGAAUGGUCAGUGGCGCCUAACGUCUAGACAGACAUUAAAGUUGUGGUCCUUUGACGAGUUGGUGGCUUAGAAUCGGAGCCUUAAGCUGAGAUAGGAAAGAAGGUAAGAAAUUAUUUACUGAUGUACAGCAACCAAUAUUUAGCUAUAAUAAAACAAAAUACUAAUUAAAUAAGUGAACACGUUUAAUAUCAUCACUUGAGCUAGUUAUACAAUUAAUUUCAUUACCAUUUGCUUCCCCAAUUUAUAUCGCCUGUUUAAGCUGCAGCACCCAAAAGCUGUUCAAAGCAUCUCCGAACAGAAAUAAAUCAUAUUUGUCACGGCAGUCGUUAGAUCACAGGCAGCAAAUAAUAUUCAUGCCUUAAAUAUCAUUUGACAUACUCUUGUUUGGCGUUACGCAAAACCCACCCCAAAGAAAGCGUUGACAUGAACCGCAUCAUGAUCAUCAUCACCAUCCAGCCAACAAUGGCUUACGCAAUGUGUGUUAGUAAGACAGCCAAAGAUCUGUACAAACAAACGCCCGAAACCGAUCCGAUAGAAGAACUCGCAUUUCACCUAAUGCGCGACGGGAUUUCCCUUUCACCCUGGUUUAUUUUCCUUAAUAGACUUUUGUCCCGUUCAACCUGCACCGCCGUUACAUUUACGUACGAAAUUGACUAAAUUUCAUUUGAUUUCACCGGUGGCAGCACACAAGAUUUGGCCAAUUUCUAUUUUGCGAUCUGCAACCCGCUUACCCCGGCAGGGGGGGUUUUAUGAAGACAAAUGCACAAACAAACCAUGUGCCGUGGUGCUGGUAGCAUAAACGGGCUGGAACGGGAGUGAAAAGCUUCCAGUGGAAAACCCCGAAACCGUGCACCCGAAACUAAUGCAGCCGGACGAAUUUGGGGCUAGCGAAUGGAGGCGAUUCAAAUUAACCUCACUUCCCGGUACACCCGGUUCGAUGACAAAUGAGCCAUCGAGGGUAAGCUGCAUCGGAGUGGGAUGUGAGAUACUUUUGCGGUAGCCAAACCGCGGAGGUUGUAUUAUAAAACGCGCCUCCGACACCAUCAAAGGCAUCAGUUUAGUUUGUGCUUUCCAGUGAACAGGAAUACAGCUUGGAAAGAUGAAGUUUUUCUACAUUGUUCCCUUCGCAGUGGCGUUGACCUGUGCAACCGCAGCUGCUGACUCCGGUGCGAGUAAAGUUGUGAAAAAGCGUGGCCUUUGGAGACAGCUCUAUCCGAUGCAUCAUCCACAGCUUACCGCUAGGGCGGACGGUCAUGAAGGAUUCGGCGCUCAGGGAAGUUUUCAGGAGGGCGGUAAGAAUGAGCAUGGUCACGCCACGACACAAGGACUAGGUCACUAUGAGUCCAACCAGGAGGAUUACCACAGCUGGAAGCCAUUGGAAGCCUUUGGACACUACGGACAGGCGGGAGAUGAUCACAAGUUUGGCGAACAGUUCCACCAUGGAGGAGAUCAUCACAACGUGGAGUCGGAUGGCAAGCAUAGCUUUGGCGGACAUCAGAGCGGUGGCGAUGGAGGACAUCACGGGUUUGGUGAUUCUCACGGAUUUGAAGGAGGUCAUGGAUUUGAUGGACAGCACAGUUUUGGAGGACAUCAAGAGCUAGCAGGACAUGAAGGAUUUGGAGGGCACGGUGAUCUAGGAGGACAUGGUGGUCUUGAAGGACAUGGUGGUCACGGAGGACACGGUGGACUGGGUGGUCAUGGAGGGCACGGUGGUUUGGGAGGACACGGCAGUCACGGUGGUCUGGGAGGACACAACGGUUUCGGCGGACACGGCGAUCUUGGUGGACAUGGAAGUCACGGUGGUCUGGGAGGGCAUGGUGAUUUCGGAGGACACGGUGGUGUGGGAGGGCUUGGUGAUUUCGGAGGACACGGUGAUUUCGGAGGACACGCUGCUCUGGGAGGGCACGAAUCAUUUGGUGAUCAUGAAUCUUUCGGUGGUCACGAAAAUUCUGGAGGCCAUGGAGAUUUUGGAACACAUCAGGCCUUCACCCACGGUGAUCAUCAUGGAUUUGGAGGACACGAAGGAUAUUCGUUCGGUGGAGAUCAUCACGGUUUCGGUGGGCAUGAUGAUCAUUCGCACGGUCAUCAUGGACAUCAUGGUGGAGAGAAGGAACAUCCCAUCAAGGAGCUGCACCUGGAUGCGGAGUACGAACAUGGUGAUGAUCAUAAGGAGCACAAGGAGCACAAGGAACCGAAAAUCAAGUACAUCCACGUCACGGAACGUGUACCGGUGCCGUACAAGGUGACGGUAGAGAAGAAGGUACUCGUCCCGAUCAAGGUCCCGUACACCGUACACUCGGAGAAGGUGGUACCGAUCGUGGUGGAGAAGAAGUUCCCGGUCGUGGUCGAGAAGCACGAAAUCAUCCAUGUGGACAAACCGUACGAGGUGAAGAUUCCGCACAAGGUUGAGGUACAUAAGAAGGAGAUCGUCAAGGUGGAGAAACCGGUGCCGGUGAAAAUUGAAAAGCCCGUCCCGUACAAGGUGGAAAAGCCAUACAUCGUGCACAAGCACGUGCCGGUUAAGGUGUGGGUGAAUGUUAAGAAAGAGCACCAUGAUUAGGCUUGUUUGGGUUAGGUAGUGAACUGGCUUGGCUGUUGUACUUCCAGCAUGCAAAACUGUUUUAGAAUAGGUUUAACCUUACUUUUGUUACCGCUUACAACGUGAGCUCCUUGUUAACUUUUUUAGUGUGACUUUUAUUAAUAGCAGCUCCAUAGUAUUUUGUUGAAAUUGACUGAAAACUUAUAACAAAUAUAACAACAUAAUUUACUAUAAUUUCUGUUUGUCGUUUUAUUCUCACU